AGCAGGAACAUGAAGCCAUCACUCUUGGUGUUUAUUGUGUAUCUGCUAUGGUUGGAAGGACGUCACUGCGCACCUACUUGGAAGGACAAAGCCGGUAUCCAUGGAAACCUGAAGGGUUUUCCUGAGGCUGGAGACAUAGAUGGAGAUGAAGAAGUGAAGAAGGCUUUGAUUGGCAUGAAGCAGAUGAAAAUCAUGAUGGAAAGAAGAGAGGAGGAACAUACCAAUCUAAUGAAAACCCUGAAGAAAUGCAAAGAAGAAAAGCAGGAAGCCCUGAAACUCAUGAAUGAAGUUCAGGAACAUCUGGAAGAAGAACAAAGUCUAUGCCAGGUGUCUUUGACAGAUUCCUGGGACGAAUGCAAGUCUUGCCUGGAGAGUAACUGCAUGAGAUUUUACACAACCUGCCAAUCUAGCUGGUCCUCUAUGAAAAAUACGGUCGAACAGUUUUUCAGGAAGAUGUAUCAAUACUUGUUUCCUUUCCAUGAAGAUAAUCAAAAAGAUCUCCCUGUCAGUGAAAAAUUCAUUGAGGAGGACGCACAAGUGGCCCAAAUAGAGAAUGUAUUCAGCCAGCUGACCGUGGAUGUGAGAUUUCUCUUUAACAGGAGUCUUAACGUCUUCAAACAGAUGCAGCAAGAAUUUGACCAGGCUUUUCAAUCAUAUUUCAUGUCAGAUACAAACUCCACGCAGCCUAGCUUUCUUCCGGUUUUAUCCAAAGAACCAGAGAAAAAAAUGGAUCCUGUGCAAAGUUGGGACAUUCCCAGCUUCUUCCAGCUGUUUUGUAAUUUCAGUCUCUCUGUUUAUCACAGUAUCAGCACGGCAGUCACCGAGACGCUGAAUGCAAUAGCAGAUUUACCAAAGCAAGACAAAGACUCUAACCACGGAAGUCUGAGUUCAGAGAUGUUGCCUGUGUGGAACAGGGGACCGUGUGCAGAACUUGGCCAGAAUUUGUCAGAAUGUUUCCAGUUUCAUGCAAGAUGCCAAAAAUGUCAGGAUUACCUGUGGGAAGACUGUCCCGAUGUACCUGAACUGCACACAAAAGUAGAUGAGGCCCUCAGAUUGGUCAACGUGUCCCAUGAGCAAUAUGCCCAGAUUCUCCAGAUGACCCAGCAUCACCUGGAGGACACCACAUAUCUGAUGGAGAAGAUGAGAGAGCAAUUUGGCUGGGUGACUGAACUGGCAAACCAGACCCCAGGAACUGAGAGCACCUUCAACUCCAUAAAGGUGGUUCCAGAUGUUCAUGAAGGGAAUUUUCCCAAACAAGAUGAAACAAUGAUAGACUUGAGCAUUCUGCCUUCUCCCAGUUUCACACUCAAGAUCCCUCCUGAAGACAGUGAUGACAGUUCUAACUUCAUUAGCUACGUGCUGGCGAAAGCUGUGCAGCAUUUUAAGAAACACUUUUAA